AUCUAUAUUUGUUACACUAUGAGAAUUUUUCAGAAAUCACAAACUGGCAUACUGAAAUAGAAGUAUCUUCGAUUAAAAGAUGAAGAUCAUUAUAGUAUUUCUGGGAACUAUAAGUUUGAUAACAGCAGUUUCAAUACUUGACAAGAGAGGAGAUGACUGUGUGAUGUGUAGCGAUAACUCAAACUGCAUCUCUCCGUGGAUGUUUUGUGAUGGUUAUGGCGAUUGUAAAAAUGAAGAAGACGAAAUUGAAAGCAUAUGUAAAGCUGUUCCAUGUAAAGAAUCUGAAGUAAAAUGCAGCAAUGGUCUGCAGUGUAUUGAAGAAAAAGCUCAAUGUAACGGUUAUGUAGACUGUGCUGAUGGGUCUGACGAAAGUCUUCAAACCUGCAAAGAGCGAUCAUGUGGCGAAAACAAAGUGAAAUGCCAGGAUGGGAUUCAAUGUAUACCAGAACAAAACCUUUGCGAUGGCUGGACACGAUGUAAUGAUAAGUCAGACGAAGAACCCGCGUUCUGUAAAGAUUAUGAAUGUCCCAAGUUGAGAAUAAAAUGCAGGAACCAACUGCAGUGUGUCUCAUGGUUCAGUCUGUGUGACGGCGUAGAGACAUGUAGUGAUAAAUCCGAUGAAAAUCUAGAUUUCUGUAAAGAGGCUUAUCUUGGCUAGAGAGGUCUCCCCUGAGUUCUAGAGUCGAGCUAAUUUACAGCAGCAGAUAUUAUAGACAUAUACAUUGUAUCAAUCAUAUUAUGUCCAUCAUCAAAAUACAAUUAAAU